AGUCUCCAAGUCGAUGGCGACGACUGUGCUAGAAGAACACACAUUGAGCACACUGCCCACGCCUCGCUGUAAAGGCAUGUUAGAACACCCGUGUGCUUCUUCCGAGCGUCUGCGAUUGUCUGCGAUUAGUAGAAAUUUGGAUAACGCCCUUAGGGAACCGUCUGAUCCGCUGGCAAAACACUUUUUGCAUGGUCUUGCGUAUACUAUUGGAUCUGCACUCGGAUCUACACCCCCUUCUCAACAACAAUGUCUCGAUGCAUUCAUCAUGCCAAACAAGGUCGGGCUUAUGGCAGGAGCCCGAGCGUGGUCUAAACACUUUCACCGUUCUCAGGGAGACGUGCAAGGCAGUGACGAGGGGAUUAAGGGCAAAAGCGAUGGGUGGUGGGGAAUGCCGUCUGGGCCUGUGGGAGUUAUCAACGAGAAGGCAUUGAGUUUGUUCUGGAGGGUGAUGAAAGAAGCCACAUGGAAGAAUCUG